AUGCUUUCCCACGCAGGACUUGCAAAGCCUGUACUGGUGCUGCUCUUCUGUGUAGGAACCUGGAUGUCCAGCUGCACACCGUCCUUCGGUGCCCCACAACCACCAUCGUCUGUUAUACAGAGGACACUUGCAUAUCUAAAACGGGACUCUGACCAACUGUUGCAUUACUAUAAGAAGGAAGAGCCCGGAGUGCUUAAACAGUUGGAUGGACAGCCUUACCUCCCGCUGCUGCCAUGCUUCACCCUGCACCCCGAAGCGUCAAACAACAUUUCAGUUCUCCAGGCACACUUGGAGAGUGUCAAAAGGUUGAGCAACAACCAAACAACCAUUGAUGAUAUCAUAAAACGACUCGAAGACCUCAAAUCUCACAAAAUACCCAAACUAAACAUUUCUGAGCCUCCUCAAGAUAGUUUUAAACGUAAGUGCUUCAUAAUGACUGUCUUAGUACAGUUGUCAACGUGUGUGACAGAUACUUAUGAAGCCUUUUUGAAAGGCUGGGAAGCUGAGUCACGGCUGGAGGUAUUCCAGUGA